CCGAGUCCAGUGGGGGCGGUGGGAGUGAUGAGGGCACUGGGACGGUGGUAGCGGUUGUGUGAAGAUGGAGUUUCCCGGAGGAAAUGACAAUUACCUGACGAUCACGGGGCCCUCGCACCCUUUCCUGUCGGGGGCCGAGACAUUCCAUACACCAAGCUUAGGUGAUGAGGAAUUUGAAAUCCCACCUAUCUCCUUGGAUUCUGAUCCAUCAUUGGCUGUCUCUGAUGUCGUUGGCCACUUUGAUGACCUGGCAGACCCUUCCUCCUCACAGGAUGGCAGUUUUUCAGCUCAAUAUGGAGUCCAGACAUUGGACAUGCCUGUGGGCAUGACUCAUGGCUUGAUGGAGCAGGGCGGGGGGCUCCUGAGUGGGGGCUUGACCAUGGUAAGGGGCAAGUCAUUAUCAAACUGUCAGGCGUUGGCCAACAAAACUACUCUAUUACUUGUGUAUAAGAGGAAAACUGAAGCUGCCAAGAAAGAGUAUCUUAAGGCCCUAGCUGCAUAUAAAGAUAACCAAGAAUGUCAGGCCACUGUGGAAACAGUAGAAUUGGAUCCAGUGCCACCAUCUCAGACUCCUUCACCACCUCCUGUAGCUGCUGUUGACCCAGCAUCUCCAGCACCAGCCUCAUCCGAGUCCCCUGCCCUGUCCCCUUGCAUUGUUGUUAACUCUACUCUUUCAUCCUAUGUAGCAAACCAGGCAUCUUCUGGGCCUGGGGGUCAGCCCAAUAUUACCAAAUUGAUUAUUACCAAACAGAUGUUGCCCUCUUCUAUUACUAUGUCUCAAGGAGGGAUGGUUACUGUUAUCCCAGCCACAGUGGUGACCUCCCGGGGGCUCCAAUUAGGCCAAACAAGUACAGCUACCAUCCAGCCCAGCCAACAAGCCCAGAUUGUCACUAGGUCAGUGUUGCAGGCUGCAGCUGCUGCUGCUGCUUCUAUGCAACUGCCCCCACCCAGACUACAACCCCCUCCAUUACAACAGAUGCCUCAGCCCCCAACUCAGCAGCAAGUUACCAUUCUGCAGCAGCCUCCUCCACUUCAGGCCAUGCAACAGCCUCCUCCUCAAAAAGUCCGAAUCAACUUACAGCAACAGCCACCUCCUCUGCAAAGCAAGAUUGUACCUCCACCCACUCUGAAAAUACAGACUACCUUGGUCCCUCCAGCUGUAGAAAACAGUCCUGAGCGGCUUAUGAACAACAGCCCUGAAGCCCAUACAGUGGAAGCAACCUCUCCUGAGACAAUCUGUGAGAUGAUUGCAGAUGUAGUUCCUGAGGUUGAGUCUCCUUCUCAGAUGGAUGUUGAAUUGGUCAGUGGGUCACCUGUGACACUUUCACCACAGCCUCGAUGUGUAAGGUCUGGUUGCGAGAAUCCUCCUGUUGUGAGUAAGGACUGGGACAAUGAAUACUGCAGCAAUGAGUGUGUAGUGAAACACUGCAGGGAUGUCUUCUUAGCCUGGGUGGCCUCUAGAAAUCCAAACACUGUGGUGUUUGUGAAAUAGGCUUUCCAGUUCCUCAAGCCAGUGAAGAUUUACCUGCAGGAAACAAGUCCAAGAGCCUGUUUUUGAAACACAAGCUUCUGGUAGUGCCUGAUCACAAUCCAAGACUUUCCUUCAAGCUUCCCCUACUUUCCUGCUUUCAGCAGUGGCCAGGUUAUGGAGCAGGGCCAUUGAGUUUGCUGUAAUCUGGAAUUGCUUUUUACUUUCAACUGUAAGCAGAAAUACCAAGAUAAUAGUAGAGGAAAGAGUAAAGGGAGUAUAGACAAGCCAAUCAUGGGGAUGGUAGGGCUGGUGGUGGAGGUUGAGGAAAUUUACUGGUAUAAUUUUCAUAGGACUUGCCUAAAAUACUAUUAAAAUGAUGGGAAAGUACUCAGCUUUGAUCUAGGUGGAAACACCAUUCUGUGCAUCCAUUUUAAAAGGGGAUAAGAGGAAUAGGGGGUAUAGCUCAGUUGUAGGCAGGCCCUGGUUUUAAUCCCCAAUACCAGAAAAAAGGGAUCAAAGACUAUAUUAAAGAUUCCCUCUUAAAACAAAUAGAACGAUUACUAUCAUCAAUAUUCUGCUUUAAGAACAAAGGAUUUCAAUACAAGUAUGCACAGUGGGCUUUAGGAGUUUAUUUGUUGACAGUUUCCAAGUGUAAGAGAGAACUCUACAUCCUUAAAAAUUAGUAUAAGAGGUUUUACCAAAGUCUAAAAAUGUUACUGUUUUAUUGUGUUUGAUGAAAUAGCUUUUAAAAGACUGCUCUGAGGUGUUUUCAUUUAGUCCAGUUCUUUCAUGCUCUAGGUACUAAAAUAAGGUUAUUUAGCCUAAAGUUAGCUUAUUUGAUUUUCCUUAGGAAUAAGCUACAGGCUGAUAGAUUAGCAAAGCCACAUAGCUGUAACAGAAUUGGUGAGAUUUUUUAGAACAUAAUAGCCUUAAUGAUGAUAAUCUUAACUGAAACUUAAAUUCUCAAAAAUGCUUUCCUAGAGAACCCUCUUCUUAAUCAACUGUGUUCCUGUAUUACUAAUCCUAAUCAUUUUGA